AAUAAUUUCCAGCAGAUGGCAGUAGAGCAACAUCUAGUUCACCAGCUGCAGUUAAAUCUUAGUGAAGAAGACCUCUGCUCUCAGGAAACAUGGUGCGGGCUGUAUGUUGGUUCGAGUUCCUACGCUGCUACGGCAUCCGGAGGUAACAGCGGUGUCAUCCCGGGGCUCUAUAAGAGCGACUGUGACGGUGUGACGGUUAGGAAGAGAGGCGUGGGUCUGGUGGAGAAUCCGACUAUGGACGACAUCCUGGCUCGGAGGGAGGCAGCUCGUCCGAGGAGGAUGUCUUCUGUUGCUGCUACUGCUGCUGCUGCUGCUGCUGCCGCCGCCGUUGGUACCGCGGAGCUUGGAGCUAACGUUAGCCUGCAAGAUGGCGAGGUGAUCGAGCUGCAGCCUCCGAGAGAAACUCUAACUGGUCUGGAGAUACUGGGUGCUGCCGGGGGAAGGAUGGAGAGAAGGAACUCGGUGUCACAAAUAGUCCACCAGAGGCAUAUGCCAAUGGAGCCGAAGAAGUUCCAUAUACCGAGGAAAACCAGGGAAAAUAGAGCUCUUGUCGAGCAUGUCUCAACUGAGUCCAGGGAGUUUGAAAACAUGAUGACUAUCCUGACCUCCAGUUACAUCGACACAGGCUCUGCAGGCUGCGUCACCUACUCCAUACCUCGCCUUGUCCACAGUGAGCUGCUGGAGAAAGAGUUUGUGGAGAAGAGGAAGGAGAUGAAGGUGGACGGGAGGACAGAUAAAGAGCUGGAGGAGAGCUACGGUUUCUUAUUGGCUGAAACUGACAAGGUUCCCAUGCUCUGUGAGAAGGGGCUGUGUGUGGGUCAGAGCUGGAUCACAGUGUUGGGAAACCCCACUAAAGGAGUGUAUCUCUCCAGGUACUCAGACCUCCUCCAGAUAAACUCCUUCACCCCAGGAGCCACAGGAGAGAUCGUCAUCUUCAAAGUGAUGAAGGGAAAAGUGAAGAGCAUUUAUGAAAACAUGAAGAACCUUCUAGAUCCAACGCCUCGCUUUGACAGCCACAUCUCCAAGAACGCCAGCAAAGUGACCUCGCUCUCCUCCUACCGCGCCUUCGAACUCACACAACAAUACUUCUACGAGUAUUUGUUUGACGAAUUGCGGCAGAGGCCUCGGCAGGUUUGUCCGUACGCUGUCGUCUCCUUCCAGUUUAAAGGAAAAGACUCUGCACUUCCCAGCAAACCUCUGGCCCCCAUCAGGUUGAACAGUCAAUCAGCAGAGGGGAGUAAAGAGCGAGCUCAGUUCACAGUGUGGAGUGGAGAUUUAGUUAAAGGCGACCAGGUUCUCUUCCAGAUCUCCCUUCGCUCCUUCUCUCCUCCCUUCCUGCCCCACAGACUACCAGAGAAGUUGACAAUGGGAUGUUUGAUGAGGCUUGAGCAGGUGACCAAGCUCCUCCCCUCCGACCUCUUCUCCUACAACCUCUACAACAGCAGCCAAGAAGUUGUGAAGAACGGUUAUUGCUGCAGUCUUCUGGAGGUGGUUGACAGAAGUCGGUCAACGACCAGCGUCACAAAACUACUGCAGGAACUGGAGAUUAAGAGAAUGGUUCUGGUGAAUGCACUCACAGAGAGAGGAUUUCUCUUUCUACUCUCCAGUGUUCAGAUGGCCACACCCACUGGUAUGACAUGGGGCUGA